CCAGGUCAUGCCUGGAGAAGGUCCCCGCAGCUCCCGAGCCAGCCCUGCCCCCCGGCUCCUCAUGGAGGACGAUCUGGGCGCCCCCAACGCCAGCAUGCUGGGGGAGCACUCGCUGCUGGUGGGGAGCAGCUGGGUGGCCGCUUUCCUCUGCUUCAUCAUCCUGCUGACCACGGCAGGGAACUUCCUCCUCAUCCUCCUCAUCAUCACCCAGCGCUCCCUCCGCAACACCUCAAACUACUUCUUGGUGUCCCUCUUCAUGUCCGACCUGAUGGUGGGGCUGGUGGUCAUGCCCCCCGCCAUGCUCAACCAGCUGUAUGGGCGCUGGGUGCUGCGGGGCGACUUCUGCUCCCUCUGGUACUCCUUCGACGUCAUGUGCUGCAGCGCCUCCAUCCUCAACCUCUGCAUCAUCAGCUUGGACCGCUACCUGCUCAUCAUCUCCCCCCUCAAAUACAAGCUGCGAAUGACCUCCUGCAGGGCCCUCUGGCUCAUUCUGGCCACCUGGACCUUGGCUGCACUGGCCUCCUUCCUGCCCAUCAAGAUGGGCUGGCAUGAGCUGGAGUUCGAGGUCCGGUCCCCCAACGUCACCUCCCAAGGGGACGAGGACCAGUGCCGGCUGCUGGUCAGCUUGCCCUACGCCUUGGUGGCCUCCUGCCUGACCUUCUUCCUCCCGUCCGCCGCCAUCUCCUUCACCUACUGCCGCAUCCUCCUGGCAGCCCGCAAGCAAGCGGUGCAGGUGGCUUCCCUCGCCUCCAACGUGGCCACCGCCACCACCACCGAGACCACGCCACAGGUUCCCCGCGCCCCCAGCCAGCCCGCGGCCGGCAGCGAGAGCAGGAGGUUCGCCACCAAGCACAGCAAGAAGGCGCUGAAGGCCAGCCUGACGCUGGGCAUCCUGCUGGGCAUGUUCUUCGUGGCUUGGCUCCCCUUCUUUGUCACCAAUGUGACGCAGGCAGUCUGCAGCUGCGUCCCGGCCGGCUUCUUCGACGUGCUGACCUGGCUGGGGUACUGCAACAGCACCAUGAACCCCAUCAUCUACCCGCUCUUCAUGAGGGACUUCAAGAGAGCCAUGGGCAGGUACCUGCCCUGCUGCCGGCGCGCGGGGGAGCCCCGGCCCAGCGCCAUCUCCCUCUCCAUGAGGAACUCCAACAGCGGACCACGCGCCGCCACAUCCCUCAAGAACGUCCUCACCCUGCAGGCGGAGACCGACUCGGUUGACUCCGGGGCACUGGGGAAUGAACAGGGCCUGCUGCCGGCCGGCGGUGGCCCCCCAGCCCCCAGCCCCCGCUUGCUCAACCGCUUCGACGCGGGGCCGCAGCCCAGGCAGCUCGGCACCCCCGUGGCCUGAGCCAGGGUGGCCUGGCAGGGGGUUACGGGCCACUGUGUGCUGGGACGGGUCCCCCAGCCCGGUGCAAACUCUCCAAGGGGCUGCUCUGCUGCAAGGCUUCUCCCUGCCCGCACCUCGCUGCCCGAUGCCCUCUCCAAACACGACGGCAUUUCCUCGGAGAAGGCGCUGCCACCGAGCACUUCGGCGGGUAGGUUUAAACGGCAAAGCCGCAUUUUACCGCUGAACGAAUCUGCCUCGUUUCUCUCUGUGUCCAUGCCACCUUUGCUCACCGUCACCGAUGCCUCGCCCUUUUCCAGAGCUGCUUCUUGUGGCCUUUUCAUCCCCAGUUAGUCCGAACCUCGGGCGCCUGACGCUUCCGCCAGCCUCCGGCUCCCUAAACUUCAGGCCAGGUUUCCAGCUUCCGCUGACACGGCUCAGCCGAUCGCCUCCCUUACCCAGUGUGCCCAGAGGAACGGUGGAAACCACGUCCUGAGACUCAUGGACAAGGGGUUUGGGGCCGCCUCAGGCCACAGAACGUCACUUCUCCUUGGAGCUUAAUUCCCUCACCUGAUCUGGGCUCUCCCUGCCUCGGUUUCCUGCCAAACUGCAACACAGCGAAACCACCGUGUUUGGUCAUGAGCAGCCUGCACUACGGGGGAUUAAAUUUGAUGCAAAACGUCCAGCGCUGCUUUCUGCAGAUGCAGCAAGAGAGUGGGCGUUCGCCGCGGUGGUGGUUCCGUGGGUAUCCUGACAGUAGUAAGUAACGAGAUCAGCUUCCCUUUAGAUUUCAUCCUACAGCUUCCUAUUUCUGGCAUCCGACCAUCACACUGCGCUCUGACAAUCCAUCAAUUUUUAGAUGAUGCUGUUAGAAAACACACCUUCCCCCCCUCCCCCUGCUUCAAAUAAGAAUCUAAACAAAUACUGUCUUUUAAAUAACAAUGCCAGCCCCCUCCCCCAACACACACACAGAGCCACAAGCAGGGGGAAUAGCGAGUAGUGUGGUAAGUGGGCACUUAAAAAAUAAUAAAUGCUUUUAGCAAAGUCUUCCUCAAGUGCCUUUCAGACGCAGAGGCAGGUUGGCCGCUGGCUGCUGUGCCCUCCCUGGCCUCACACCCCGCACCCCGCGCUGCCUGCGGCACCCUAAGGUGCUCCUGGAACUCACGGUCACACAGAGAAAUGAACACAGAGUGUCCCUUGGGUACGGGGUGCUGCAAGAAGCAGCCACACGCCAAGCCAGUCUCAUUAGUUUUCUUUCCACGUUGCCCACGUAUAUUCCAGAACUGAACAACAAGUGUUUUUAUGAGUAACUUGACAUUUAUUUGCCACAAAUCCCCUUGCAGCUGACGGCCGGCCCAGCGGUCAGUGAUAAACGACCGUGACAAAGGAGAACUGAGCACAGGUUCAAACAUCAAACUGUUCAAUACAUUUUUGCCACGUAGCUGUGGCCACGUAGCUUGAGUUUGGUAUCAAGCACGAAGGUAAAGAUGUGCGUCUUUCCACAAAUGGCUUUAUAUAAAAACAUACUUUGACUCCAACUCCAGUUAAAAAGGAGCAGAAAAAUCCACGACAAACUCCGAAGGUCCAUUGGGUGGGUGGCUCCGCAGAGACAGGCUGCAGGAGAUGGAGAAACAGAGACAGCCUCCUCAAGCCAGAUGUCCGAAAGCAAUAAUGCACUACCCUCAUCGAGCCAAUUCUUUGUAACGAGGCGUUUGCUUGGGGACAAAUCCUCUGGUGCAGUGGAGAAGUCAAGCCCCUUCCCCGCAGGCAGCAGCACCGCCGAGCAGCGCGCCGGGCCCACCGUGGUGGGACCCCAUAGCCUGUGUCGGGAUAUCUCCCGUCGCCCCGCAGCAAG